AUGAGGUGGCGAGAAGAGGCGAAGUUGGAAGUCACGCUAGAGCGAGAGGACAAGAAAACAAGUUUUCAACGCUUUAUUAUAUCGCUGACGCCUAAUGUUCCAGUCGAAUUACCUUCACUUCGAAUAGUGAUGACCUCCUUGGCACUACCUCCCAUAUCACUACUCAAUGAUCGAUUCAUCACCGAUGGUGAAAAUUUCGCGAUAUGGAGAGAACAGGAAUAUCUACACUUGCAUUGUGACUCUUGGGAAGCAGCUAAAAAUCUAAACUGUACACUGCGCGACGAUUGCCGUUGCGAGGCCGCGGAGAGUAGAGUCAAAUGUCAGUGUUCAUCCUCAGACCUAAGAAGAGUUUUUCAGGAUGUAGAGACGAGCCUGCCAAUCAAAACCCCAAUUUGGCAGCUAGAAAAUGUUCGUGGAGUACUCGCAGCACGAAUUCCGCAAAUGGCAAUGGCGGAAUUUAUCGUAGACUUUAAGGAAAAGAUCAACGAUGUUAUUCUUGAAGUGCAUAACGAUGUCUGUACCGUGGACAACAGCAUUUUACAAGGCUGCUACAACUGUGCGCAAGGAGCAAAAACCGUCAUCACUUGUAAGGCGAAAACGCAAAGAUUAGCAGAGAUAUAUUGCGCCCAAGAUGCCUUUGCUGUUCCAUGUGGUCCAAAAAACCCCCAGUCUACCCUGGUGUUCGCGCUGAAUGCCGCAAGGCAAGAGACCAUGAGUCGAGAUGAUGAACUUUCCCGCUUGAAAGAAGAGAAUAAACGCCUACGCAACGCCAUUCCAACGCUCCCGCCUCCACCAGUGGUGCUCCAGCAAAUCCUCGAUCACGCUGUACAGCUCAAUCAGACAUUGCGAGACGUCAGCCAGUUGGAAUGGGAUGUAUUACGCAUCGAAGGUUCACCGCAAGAAUGGUCUGAUCGACUAGCUCUAUUGCAGAUGAGAGAGAAUGAAUGUGAUCGCUUUAGAUUAGAGCUCUUAUAUUUGAGAACGCAGUUUCGAAUGUUUUUUGUAUUGCCUCAUUUCCUCGUGGCUACGAACGCGAUCUCUUUUGACGCCUGGAAAGCUAUGAUAGCGCGCGAGAGGAGAGACGCCCUUGGGAUGGAACUGCUGACGGACCAGGAUAUCGUCAACUUGGCCAUCGACGACCAUUUGCGCACAGUCACUUCGAUCAGCCAACGACUCAGAGAUAUUCGGAAUCACUUGCAACAGGAGGAACGCACAGAGAUGGUCAGUCGGCAGGCACAGAUCCUUGCAGCAGUCAAUACCCUGGUAGAAAGUAAGGAAUCCACGUCGAGAAAGAUGGAAGAGUUUGAAACCAGCCUACAGGAUAUAGUCGCAACGCUGCAGGAAGUCCAGAAAACACGGUCGCAAUCAACAUCGGAAGAAGAGACUUCAACGCAUAGGGAGGAAAUCAUCGAUGCCGUCGUAAGCGCCGUUAUGAGUAAGGUCAACGCAAAAUUGGACGAAAUACUGGCCUUUAUCAAGAGAUCGCAGCCGACAGACGAGGGCACAGAGAAUCGAGAGAGUCCAGACGGUGAAAACUUGGCGAUGCAGGAAAAAGAAAGAAUGGAAAGACACACGACGGACGAGCCUUCGAAAGCUGUUCAAGAAAAUGUUCACCAAGCAGACGACGCAAUGGUCGAGGAUGAGCUCCAAUUGGAAGACGAGGCGCCAGUUGAAGAAAUUCAAAAUCCUUCAAAGGCUGUUCAAGAAGAUGUUCACCAAGCAGACGACGCAAUGGUCGAGGAUGAGCUCCAAUUGGAAGACGAGGCGCCAGUUGAAGAAAUUCAAAAUCCUUCAAAGGCUGUUCAAGAAGAUGUCCACCAAGCAGACGACGCAAUGGUCGAGGAUGAACUCCAAUUGGAAGACGAGGCGCUAGUUGAAGGAAGUCACAAUGAGGAGCCGAACGAAGAAGCUGAGCAUCUUGAUGAGGAAAUUCCUCUCGAGGAAGAGCUGGAAUACAUGGAGGAAGCUAACAGCGAUGACGAAGCACCUCGCGAACUGAAAGAGAGACGCGAAAUGGAAGAGGAACGCGAAGAGAGACUUGAACACCGGCGGCAACGUCUUAGGGCAGACCUAGAUCAAGCCAUUCAAGCGGAACGCGACUUCGAACGCCUAAUAGAUGAGCUCUCGCACCGAAGAACCUGCCCACCAAGACGCUUCACACAUGGCUUCAUUUUACGCAAUGAUGAACAAACCAUUCAGUGUGUGUUUUGUAAACGCGUCGGCAAUCAUUAUUCAGACUCGUGUCAGAUUGUCGCGGACGCAGCAACACGGAGAGAUUUGCUGCGGGCUGAACUUCGCUGUGUCAUGUGUCUAACCACAGAAUGCGCGGAAGACAUUUAUUGUCGAAAAUACGCAGUGAAAUGCUACCACUGCCGUGGUUACGGACACCAUUCAGCCAUUUGUGAGCUGCCCGAGCAAAGCCAAUCAAUCAUUGAGCAGCUACGAUCAGCACGCGAAGGACUUGAAAGGAACCGCGAAAGAAGACGCAAUAUCGAACGUCAGUUGCGCGAAGAACGCCAGCAGUGA